AUCAGAAAGUUCUGUAGGAGUAGAAUAUAUAAGCUCCAGGAGCAGCCACAGCAGCAGAAGGAGCAGUAGGUGCCCAGGCACAUCUGACCAGGCAGCCCACAGCAAAGCAAGAUGUGUCAGCAGAAGCUAACCAUCUCCUGGUUUGCCAUGGUUUUGCUGGUGUCUCCACUCAUGGCCAUGUGGGAGCUGGAGAAAGAUGUUUAUGUUGUAGAGGUGGACUGGUAUCCCGAUGCCCCUGGAGAAACGGUGAACCUCACCUGUGACACGCCUGACGAGGACGACAUCACCUGGACCUCAGACCAGCGACGCGGAGUCAUAGGCUCCGGAAAAACCCUGACCGUCACUGUCAAAGAGUUUCUAGAUGCUGGCCAGUACACCUGCCGCAGAGGAGGGGAGACUCUGAGCCGCUCACAUCUGCUGCUCCACAAGAAGGAAAACGGAUUUUGGUCCACUGAAAUUUUAAAAAAUUUCAAAAACAAGACUUUCCUGAAAUGUGAGGCUCCCAAUUACUCGGGGAGGUUCACUUGCUCGUGGCUGGUGCAAAGGAACAUCGACUUAAAGUUCAACAUCAAGAGCAGCAGUAGUUCCCCUGACUCUCGGGCAGUGACAUGUGGAACAGCAUCUCUGUCUACAGAGAAGGUCACGCUGAACCAAAGGGACUAUGACAAGUUCUCAGUGGCAUGCCAGGAGGAUGUCACCUGCCCAACGGCCGAGGAGACCCUGCCCAUCGAAUUGGCACUGGAAGCACGGCAGCAGAAUAAAUAUGAGAACUACAGCACCAGCUUCUUCAUCAGGGAUAUCAUCAAACCAGACCCGCCCAAGAACCUGCAGGUGAAGCCUUUGAAGAACUCUCAGGUGGAAGUCAGCUGGGAGUACCCUGAUUCCUGGAGCACUCCCCACUCCUACUUCUCCCUCAAGUUCUUUGUUCGAAUCCAGCGCAAGACAGAAAAGAUGAAGGAGACAGACGAGGGGUGUAAUCAGAGAGGUGCGAUCCUUGUAGAGAAGACCUCUACCGAAGUCCAAUGCAAAGGUGCGAACGUCUGCGUGCAAGCUCAGGAUCGCUACUACAAUUCCUCGUGCAGCAAGUGGGCGUGUGUGCCCUGCAAGUCGGUGAGCAGGGCCCGAUCCUAGGAUGCAACUUUGGAAGGAAAGGAAAGUGGAAGACAUUAGGAAUGAAAAAUUUAAACUCAUGAUGGAAGAGACCCCAAAAGCUACUUUCUGCUAGGUUGGCUUUUUCCAGUUUUUCUAAGCUCAUAAUGACAUCUUUGCUAUAUUUCCACAUGCAAAUAUUAAAUGCCCGCCGAGACAAUGAGCUAAUUUAUGCAUAGAUAUUUUAACAUUCCACUUGGCCUUAUGCUAUUGAAAUAUUUAAGUAAUUUAUGUAUUUAUUAAUUUAUUUCUGUAUUUAACAUUUGUGCACCAAGAUGUAUUGAAUAUUUCAUGUGCUCAUGGCCUGAUCCACAGAGACCAGGCCCUAUUUUGCAAAAUGUGAACUUGUCAUCUUUUUCAACAGCUCUUCACCCAAGGCUGAGUAGGUAUGUUGGCUUUUGGGACAACCAAUAAGAACAUAAUAUUCUAACACAAGCAGUGUUACAUAUUUGUGACCAGUAAAGUCAUAGGUGGUAUUUAGAGACAUGAAGAAGCUGUAAAGUAGACUCCGAAGAGUUUAGCACUAGUUUCAACACCAAAGAAGACUUUUCAGCAGUGGUAUCGAUAAGAAACAAGAGCCUUCUUUGGAAAAAAAAAACCUUUGGGUACCUAAAUUUAAAAGAAUUUUGAAAGGCCAGGUAUUGGUAGCAUAUGCUUUUAAUCCCAGCACUCAGGAGUUCAAGGGAGGAAGAUCUCUGUGAGUUUGAGGACAGCCUGGUAUACAGAGUGAGUGAGUUUCAGCACAGCCAGGGCCACACAGAAAUUCUGUCUCAAAAACAAAACAAAACAAAAAAAACCAAAAAACUAGAAAUUGAAAUCCUGGUUUGGGUUUGCUCAGAUGGCAGCGUGCUUUCCUGGCAUUCCUGAAGAGCUGGCUUUGGCCCUCAGCACUGCAGGAACGAAGCAUGGCGGGGCAUCUCUUAACCCCAGCACUGGGGAGAGAGGCAGAAAACUUAGUAGCUCAGUGGCAUCCUUAGCUACAUAACAAGGCCAGGCUGGACUGUAUGAUAGCAUGAUAUAAUAUCUCAAAAAGAAGGGAUGGACAUAGGGAUGGGGAGAGUCGAUUGCUUACCUCCUAGGUGGGCCCCAUCUCCAACACUCAUAGGACACCAGAGCAGAGACAUCCUGGGUGUCUGAAAGAACAGAAGCUUUUGGAAUUUGAGGGGGAAUGUAAUGUAGCCUGUGAUUAAAGUACAUAAAAUCCAGGGUGGCUUAAUCACCACACAAAUGGGUGCAAAGAAAACCAUCCAAGAUCACCAUGUCAUCAGCCUGAGUAAACCUAAUGUGCAGAUAUGACCAGGCAAGGUGCAUCAUGCCAUGAAGAUACGACUGCUACAUAAGGGCACAAUGACCACGCUCCUUGUAGUGACUUGCACUUGUCUCUCAUGCGUUGGCUUAUUUGUUUAUGCUUUCUGAGACGAAAUAAAUAAA